GUGACUCGCCCGCUCUUGACGCGCGAGUCACGGGUGUCCAGUACGAGUCGGUCCGCGCCCUCGAGUAGGUGCGUCUACUGGCUGCGCCCCCGAGACCCCGAGCGCACGCUGAGCCGCCACCAUGUUCGACAUCUUCGGGUCCGUGAAAAGCCUGAUCAAGAUCAGCCCAGUCAGCAUCGACAACAAUGUGUUUCGGCUUCACUACAAGGUGACCAGCGUCAUGCUAGUCAUCUUCUCACUGCUCGUGACGUCUCACCAGUACAUCGGCGACCCCAUCGACUGCUACACCACGAGCAAGAUCCCUGACAACGUGAUGGACACCUACUGCUGGAUUCACUCCACCUUUUCCGUGGAGCAGGCGACGCCCCAGUUGCGCGGACACACGCCUUACGUCGGGAUCGGCACACGGGGCAAGGACGACACCAUCCAGCAGCACGCCUACUACCAGUGGGUCUGCUUCGUGCUCUUCUUCCAGGCGUUGCUUUUCUCUGUGCCGCGAUUCUUAUGGAAGAGCUGGGAGGGCGGUAAGUGCAAGAUGCUGGUGAUGGAGCUUGAUUGCCCCCUGGUCGCCGAUGAGGCGCGUUGCGACCGGAAAAAGCUGCUGGUCGAGUACCUCAGGUACCACAUGCACAAUCACACCUUUUACGCACUGGCGUUUUACCUCUGCGAGGUGCUGAACUUUGUUAACGUUAUCAGCCAGAUCUUCUUCAUCAACUACUUCCUGGACUUCGAGUUCACAACGUACGGCACCGAGGUGUUGAAUUUCGCGCAGUCCAACCCGGAGAAUCGCACCGACCCCAUGGCCAGAAUCUUCCCCAAGGUGACUAAGUGCACGUUCGAGACCUUCGGCUUCUCGGGCACCGUGCAGAGGCACGACGCCCUCUGCGUGUUGCCGCUCAACAUCGUCAACGAGAAGGUGUACGUCAUUCUGUGGUUCUGGCUGGUGCUGCUGGCGGUCAUCAGCGGUCUGGCGCUGAUCUAUCGGCUGCUGGUGAUCAUCUCACCCCAGUUGCGCAUCCUCUUGCUAAGGUCCCGCGCGCGGCUCGCGCCCGCCGCGCAGGUCACCGCCAUCUCGCAGCGCCUCUGGCUCGGCGACUGGUUCGUCCUCUACCAGCUGGGCAAGAACAUGGACCCGCUCAUCUUCCAAGACGUCCUCGUCGAUCUUUCACGUGCUAUCGACGUACACGUCUGACCAGAGUGUGGUCGUGGUCCGACCGAGGACCACCCGAGGUCGAACGCAUGUGCUCGGGCACGUGUUCCAACCAAGUGUUACGCACGUGGGACGCUUGCGUAAAAGGUGUUUCUGGAAGUGGCUAAACAUCGGUGAUCGCGGAAACCUGUCAAGAAGGUAGUGUGCAGGGUUAAAAUCUUCGAUCCCUAAGUCAUGGUGCAUGCUUGACAUAUGUCCGGUACCACUUGCAUUGCAUGAGUGCCUGCUCUGAUAGAUGCCAAAUCGGACUGAGUGGAACUGCAUGCGAAAAUGCCCAAGGGUCUUGCCUGUUGAAGUAGUCGAGCACGAAGGAGCUGUGAGCGGAUCGAGAUAAACCAGCUUGUUGACAACACUGAAACAAGUGAGCUCACAUGGUGCUGUGCAUCUGCGUUGGCGAACAUGGACCGCGAUCGGUGUGAUCCGCGACGUAUCGUGAUACGUUUUCAGCUCAAUGCCGUGAAGUGUGCGUGGUGAUAUGUCGGCGCCAACAGAUCCUCUCAAAAGCUGACCAGGUGCAUCACGCUUAGUUUUCUCCUAGCGAUUGGUUGGCGAUUUGCUUACGGCCGUGCAAGAAACAACACGAUUGUUACCUGCGGUAGGAUUUCUGCAAAACAAUCUUGCGCCAGCAUGUAAGAAAUAGCAAGGUUCUUUCACUUAAUCGUGGCAUGUUCAUCAUUAUCGUAUAGAAAUACAUGCAAAAGUGCAGCGCAGUUUUGCAUUUGUUGUCUGCACCUGAAUGGACCCCGUCGUUCUAUGCACUCUUGCACGCCGCCACUCACAUCAUGGACGAUGCCUCUGUUUGUUGAUAAGGGACAGCGGAGCACGAACAUGUGUGCAUUAACGUAUAAUAAACCUUCUA